AAAAAAAAAAGAGAAGCUGACGACGACAACGACGCUGGUUUUUUUUAGUCUCCUCGAAAAAAGAAAUACUCUUUAUUUACUAAUUUAUUUUUGUAUUUUAGUUGGGUUUUUUCAAACGUUUGGGAUUUAAGGCUCUAACCGGGGAAUAUGCUCCCUCUCUUUCCUUUCCCUCGCACACUUUGACAUAUAACAAGGGAACGAGGGGAGGAAGGGGAAGAAGUGUCCUAAAAGGCGAAGUGAUCUUCUUCUCUCCCUCUUUGGAAAUUUUUUUUCUUUCUUUUCUCUUUGUUUUUGUUGAGGGAGGGAAAGGCUAAUAAAAAGCAAAAGGAGAGAAAAGAAAGGGAAGGGAAUUUGAAACCGAAAGGGACAAAUGGAAGGGAGAGAAGAGAUUAAGGCAUCCAAACCCAGUUUUCCUUUGAGCUUUUGGGAGGUGACGGUGGCUUCAACGGUGGUGAUGGGAUUCUUUUUGGGACUCAUUGGCGUUUAUUUGACCAUGCCCGCGUCUGAUUAUAGCUUCCUCAAAUUGCCCAGGAGCCUUGAAGAUCUUCGAAUCCUCAGAGAUCACCUUGAAACCUACACAAGUGACUACACCAUACAAGUCUUGGUGGGGUAUUGUGUGGUCUACAUUUUCAUGCAAACUUUCAUGAUUCCGGGAACUGUUUUCAUGUCAUUGCUUGCUGGAGCUUUGUUUGGAGUCUUCAAAGGUGUAGCUCUUGUUGUGUUCACUGCCACCGCUGGUGCUUCUUCUUGCUAUUUCCUGUCAAAAUUGAUUGGGCGGCCCCUUGUCUUUUCCAUUUGGCCUGACAAGCUGAGCUUCUUCCAAGCCCAGGUAGCUCAAAGGAGGGACUGCCUGUUGAGCUAUAUGCUUUUCCUAAGGCUUACUCCAACUUUGCCAAAUACAUUCAUUAAUGUGGCUUCCCCUAUUGUCGAUGUGCCUUACCAUGUUUUCUUCAUAGCAACUUUCAUUGGACUCAUUCCUGCUGCUUACAUAACUGUCAGGGCAGGAAUAGCUCUUGGAGAGUUACAAUCUGUAGGGGAUCUUUAUGACUUCAACUCAAUUGCCACUCUUUUCCUUAUAGGGGUUGUCUCUGUCACACCUACGCUUAUGAGCAAGACCAAAUCAUAGCAUUUUAAUGGCUGAGCUUGCUUGUACAUGGGGCUUCAAUCUCCUGGUAGCUGGGUCGCCACAAGUUCUGUACAGAAUAGCAUCAAAUAAAUGCAAUGUGCUGCUGCUGUUUCUCUGGUUAAUGGAAUACGCACUGGUCCUGCUGAUAUCGAAGAUGGUGAUCUGGGAAUGUGUUAGUCAUCAAAUUCUUUGUCAUGCAUUGUAUUUGCUUUUACCAUUCUCAGGUUGACUCUGUAUAGGGGGAGGAAUAUGAGAAGAGUUGGGGGAAGGCUGUUGUUUGUUUCACUUUCAAUUUUAUUGCCAAGAAUAGUAUUCAGAAUC